AAGCCUCUUCCAGAGCACUACCUGUAAGUGAACCCUCAAACCGUGAAAAUGUGCUUUGAAGCCAAUUAUUUGUCACUGCAUGCUGCUGAGAAUGAGAGUCCUUGUAUUGUGUAUGAGCUGCCUGUGUCUAUGGCUGGGGAAGCUCAGUGUACUGGUGUCUGCAGACUAUGUGGUACAAGUGAAGAUGCUCUCCUACAGUAAUCCAUUCAACACACGCUCUGAUGUUCAAUGUUGUGAUCCAGCCAACAAUGGUGGAGGAUGUACCGAAGGGGAGCGCUGUGAUACCUACUUCAUCUACUGCCUGAUGCCACGUUUCAGUACUGCUGUAGGGUGUCCCAGUAAUGAGCCCGGAUUUACUGCAGUCAGUACCACCAAUACCACUGAUGGGGCAGACAUUGAUUUCUCACAACCUACUAUACUGGGACUCCCUAAUCCAUUCAAUCUGACUGGAAUAUCGACAACCUGGGAGGGAGCUCAGCUUUACAUACAAGUGGUUGAUCUUGAUAGCUCUAAUCCAUUCAGGGCUGAACUUAUUGUGAGGAUUCGAUUUGAUCUAAGUUUCUCAGUGGGAUUAACAACCACAUUAUCUGAGUUAUCAAAUACCAGGCCUUCUAUCACUGUCAAUGCUACUGUGUUAUGUGCUCCAUUCUACUCUGGAAGCAGUUGUGAGAUACUCGAUCAGUGUCAGUCCAAUCCUGUCACAUGCAGUGAACGAGAACGUGUGUGAAUGGAUUUAAUAGUCCUACCUGCAUCUGUAUCCCUCCCUAUAUCGGUGCAAACUGUGAGAGUCAAAACUUUUGCAUCAACAAAAAUUGCAAUGAGAGAGGAACAUGUAAUAACGGCUUUAAUUUUUAUAC